CUUCCGGAGCCCGCGCCCCGGGCCCUCUGUCCGCGGCCGGGCUCCGCUGCAGCCCCUCGGGCGGCCAUGGCGGCGCAGCGCGCUCGGGCGGUGCGGGUGCUGGUGGACAUGGACGGCGUGCUGGCCGACUUCGAGGGCGGCCUCCUGCGGGGCUUCCGCCGCCGCUUCCCCGCGGACCCGCACGUGCCGCUGGAAGAACGCCGCGGCUUCCUGGCCCGCGAGCAGUACCGCGGCCUGCGGCCCGACCUGGCGGAUAAAGUGGCCAGCGUGUAUGAAGCUCCAGGCUUUUUUCUGGAAUUGGAGCCCAUUCCUGGGGCCCUGGAAGCCAUGCAGGCGAUGAACGAUAUGACGGACACCGAGGUCUUCAUCUGCACCAGCCCCCUGAUGAAGUAUGAGCACUGUGUGGGCGAGAAGUACCGCUGGGUGGAGAAGCACCUGGGGCCCCAGUUUGUGGAGCGCAUCAUCCUGACAAGGGACAAGACGGUGGUCCUGGGCGACCUGCUCAUUGAUGACAAGGACACUAUUCGAGGCCAAGAGGAGACCCCAAGCUGGGAGCACAUCUUGUUCACCUGCUACCACAACCAGCACCUGGCCCUGCCCCCCACGAGGAGAAGGCUGCUCUCCUGGAGUGACAACUGGCGGGCGAUCAUAGACAGCAAGCGGGGCUCCAGGAACGUGCUGAGGGACUGCGCCCGUGGACCGUGGCCCGGGGACGGGAAGGCUGGCCAGGGGGGAGUCCCCGUGGUGUUGACACCAUAG